UGACGACUACUGGCUUCAUCUUUAGAUUGCCAAGAUUUUUAACAUCAUAAUGAGGAAGCCAUGUUUGACCCAUGUGUGAAAAACAACCACAGCUUUCCUGUCCUGCUGAGCAAUAUUCUGACAAUAUUCAGUGUUACUUCCUCCUUUUUUCAACUCUGUAUAUUCCUAACAACAGGUUGGGCAACUUAUCUGCCAGGCAUGACUAGCUGGAAAAUAACUUGUUUGCAUGCUCCCACGUGCCACAACAAAGAACAAGAGAGGUGUGCUUUCCAUGGCCACACCUUUCUAAACUAACUCUGAUAAGGGAGGUGCACAGUCUGCAGCCACUCAGUCAUCAAUAGACUCAUGGAGCCAACAGUGAACAUUGUGUCAAGGUUGCAAUGGGGAGCAGCUGCCCCAAAACAACAGAAGACUCUGAAAGGCUCAGCUCAGAGAGUCAUAAUACACCACACUGCCCUCCUAAACUGCAAAGGCCUGGCAGAGUGUAAGGACCAUCUGAUCAGCAUUCAGAGAACACAUAUGAACCAAAGACAAUUUGAUGACAUUGGAUAUAAUUUUCUUGUUGAAGAAGAUGGCACUGUGUACGAAGGCCGUGGCUGGGGUGUGGUAGGGGCACACACUAAAGGUCACAACGGUGACUCCCUGGGGAUUGCAUUCAUGGGCAAUUUCAACAAUGACACACCCAGUAAAGUGGCAUUAUUGUCAGUCAAGCAGCUGCUGCUGUCAGGAGUUUCCCGGGGCUUUUUACAUCCACAGUUUGCUCUGUGCGGGCACAGGGAUUUAGGAACCACAGAAUGCCCAGGAAACAAUCUUUAUGCUGCUCUGCCACAACUGAGGAGCACAACAUGAUACUCACAGCAAAGCACUUCAGAGAAUUCUGCUCUCAAGCUCUUUCUUAUUCCAUAUGUGGAACAGUCAAGGUGUUAAGGAUGAAUAAGCAUAUAAAUUAAACACUAACUUUGUUUCAUUUUUAUUUAUUUAUUUUCCUUAAUUGUUUUGCUUUAAUUUCUUGUAAAUUUAAAAGAUGCCUUGAGUUGUAAAGCCCAGGUAGAGAUCUUCAGAUGUUUUAGGCUUGUCGGGUUUUACAGCAGAGGGAGCCAUUACAAAAGAGUAGACAAAAUGAAAAUAUCUGGUUUACACAUUUGAACCCCUAUGUUGUGCCAAAGUGGCCAUUUGUAUGAUUAUUGUGUUGUGUUAUCCUAUCUUUGACUUAAUGGGGUCUCAUUGCAAAGUGCCUAUAAACUGCUAUAUUUUUUACUCAACAGAAGCACAACUCUGGGAGCCUGUUAAUUAGAGCUGUAAAAUAAACUCAUGAAAUUAAC